GCGUCUGUCUGUCUGUCUGUCUGUCUGCGUCGCUCUGAAAACGCAGAAGCAUAAAUCAAGCUUUAGGCUACGAACUAACUAAGUUAAUUAACGGUUACACUACGGUUGCAACAGCGUGGACAACGACAGAACCAGAACACAAUCAGUUACUCUCAUUUACUCACAUUUUUAAAGACACACUUUAAAAACCACGAGAGGAGUAUUCACUCCUAUAAAACAUGUUAAAACCUCUUAAACUUGGCGUAUUUUAAGCAUCUAACAAAAACUCCGAGAAGAGGAAACCGGAAGUGCAGAAAUGCCGAUUAGCCGUGCAGUGAAAUGUGCUAAUCGCUAAAUCACUGUUCCCACGCGGUGGCGACAGAAGCGAACUCUCAGAAAAUGUCUGUGUUGUGGACGGCGAGGGCUCUCUGCCUGGGUGCUGUGGCUCUGUCUCUCGUUGCGGAGCUGCUGGUCCGUCUCCUCCGUCGCCUCCGGCCCGCCGGGACCCUCAACGAGGUCCUCUUCUUUCCCUCGGAGGUGGUCUGUGUGCAGCACCUCUUCUCUUCCCUGCCAGCCUGUCCCUGCAUCUGCCCGUUGCGCCACGGCCCAGAGACUUCUCUGUCCCGUCUUCUCCGCCACGUCAUGUCCGCCUCCUCCUCUCUGGACUUGUGCAUCUUCGCCUUCUCCAACGCAAACCUGUGCCGCGCCGUGCUGGCGGUGCACGCUAAGGGGGUCACCGUCCGAGUCCUCACCGACAAGGACUACGCCGCCAUCACUGGCUCCCAGAUAGGGGUCCUCCGCAAGGCCGGGAUCUGCGCGCGGUGCGACUCCAGCUCCGUUCACAUGCAUCACAAGUUCGCGCUGGUGGACGGCCGGCUGCUGCUCACCGGCUCCCUCAACUGGACGCUGACGGGGGUGCAGAGCAACAUGGAGAACGUGCUGGUCACCGAGGAGCCGGACCUGGUGCGACCCUUCGUCGAGGAGUUCCACAGGUUGUGGGAACGGUGUGGCCGUGGGCCUCUGGUUAAGUGACCAAAAGUCUGACACCAGAUCCAGCGAUGGAGGUAGAAAGCAUGCGCGUUAAGUCUGGCAAGGCAUGCUGGGCCGCAACACAUGGGCAGAAUUUGAUCUUGACUUGUGAAGUCGAGCUUUGGACUCUUUCACUUCUCGGUUUAGAAGACUUAAAGUGGUUGUGUUGGUGUUUAAGAUGGUUCUAGUUUUAUGGCCGUUUUUAAAAUAUAUAUAUAUAUUGGAAGAGUUGCCUAAUUAACCAGAGUCUGCAGUUUCGAAAACAUGUUUGAUUUAUUGGCACAGGCCUAAGAUUAUUUUAGUCAAGUUAAUUUUUGUUAUAUAUACUGUUUUUAAUGAGAAAUUAUUCUAAUUCCUGUCAUAAUGUAAUAUAUAGUUACAUUUUCUCCCUUUGGAAGAAAGUAGAUUAUCUUUGGUACUUUGUAUUUGAGUUUAAUACCUUUUUUUUUUUUUUUUUUUAAUAAAAAAUACUAAACCAUCAGCUAGUGUAUGACUGUGUUUCACUGGCUGUGCAAACCAGUGCUCUGGGGGACCAGGUUUGGCCGAGCAUCAAUAAAAAAACCCUGUUCCACAAUCUAA